AUGCUCCCCACCCUCCUGCUGCUGCUCUGGGGGUCCUGGGCCCUGAUGGAGACUUGGGCAGGACCUCACUCCCUGAGGUAUUUCUCCACUGUGAUGACCCGGCCCAGCCUUGGGGAGCCCAGUAUCAUCGCAGUGGGUUACGUGGACGACAUGCUGUUCGGGCGGUUCGACAGCGACUCUCCUGGUCAGAUAGCAGAGCUGCGGGCGCCCUGGGAAGAGCAGAUGGAGCUGGAGGGGCAGGUGUAUCUGCACCUGGAGUCGCAGAUCCAAAAGGAGGCUCAGUGGUUCAAAGCGUUGCUGCGGGACCUGUGAGGCCUCUACAACCAGAGCGAGGACGGGUCUCGCACCCUCCAGAGGAUGUGUGGCUGCGAGGUGGGGCCAGACCUGAGCCUCCUCCGUGGGUACGAGCAGUUCGCCUACGACGGCGCCGAUUACAUCGCCCUGAACCCGGACCUGCGCUCCUGGACCCCCAAGAACCCGGUGGCCCAGAUCACCCAGCGCCAGUGGGAUGCAUCGGGAAGGGCGGAGCGCGUCAGGGCCAUUCUGCAGGGCAGGUGCCUGCGUUGGCUCCACAGACUACUGGAGCUGGGGAAGGAGGUGCUACAGCGCACAGAUACCCCAAACACACAUGUGACCCAUUACCCCAUCUCAGAUCAGAACGUCACCCUGAAGUGCUGGGCCCUGGGAUUCUACCAUGCGGAGAUCACCCUGAUCUGGCAGCGAGAUGGGGAGAAUCUGACCCAGGACACGGAGCUGGUGGACACCAGGCCUGGGGGGGAUGGAACCUUCCAGAAGUGGGCAGCUGUGGUGGUGUCUUCUGGAGAGGAGCAGAGAUACACGUGCCAUGUGCAGCAUGAGGGGCUGCCAGAGCCCUGAGGCCUGAGAUGGGAGCCCUCCUCCCAGUCCUCCAUCUCCACCGGGGGCCUCAUUGCUGGCCUGGUUCUCCUUGGAGCUGUGUUCACUGGGGCUGCGGUGGCUGCAGUUGUGAUGUGGAGGAAGAAGCUCAGGACAAGAGGAAGCCACACUCAGGCUGCAGGCAGCGACAGUGUCCAGGGCCCUGAUGUGUCUCUCAGCCCCUAA